CCUCCUGCCAUCGGACACACAUCACUCACUCACUGCCGGUGCCGGCGAGUUCAGUUCAGCUAGGAGUAGCAACUAUGUUUUGCCUUGUGCGGCGGCUGUUCCCGUUCCUGCUUGGCACGGCGGUGGGCGCGUACAUGGCGCAAAACUACAGGGUCCCCAACAUCCGAGGCCUCGCCGAGCGCGGCAUCGACGACGCCAGGCGCUACGAGGAGGCCUACCGCAGGAAGGGGAAGCCCGCUACUUGUUCUGACGCCGCCGCCGCCGGGAGCAAGAAGAAGGCCGCCGCGGUGCGCGUGGACAUGGACGACGACGACGACGACGACGACGAGUAGCUGCUGCUGCUGCUACCUGCUAGGGACGUUUCAUGUUCCGUGUCUGGGUUAAUUAGGUUUCGGUAAUCUCAGCGUGCUGGUGAAAUCUAUGUGUAACUAAGUCGAAUAACACUGUAAUACAAAAUGAAUGUUGCAGCUGGCUCGUCAUGCUGCAAUUCUGUAAAUGUUUUUCUAAACCAAAAAAAAAAAUGCAACUCUGAUCGAUAUGUGAGUUGGAGAAUCA